GUUUGUACGAGUAGCUGAGCCAUUUUGGUGUUCGGGAUUGCUCCCUCUAGCUGGCUAGCUAGCUUGUGAGGGAAGUCGCGCAGCUAGCUAGUUAUUCUCCGUUAGUUGUUUUGAAUAAACAAGUACACAUGUUUAUAAUUUUGCCAUAAUAAAGUUUCUUGGAAAAAAACUUAAGAAAACGAAACGCCUGAACAAGACACUGACGAACAGGCUACACCGCUGGCUAGCAAAUCGUCGGUAAGGGAAACGAGUUUCCUCUGUUGCCCACCGUAUUCCCUCUGGGACCCCCCUCCAGAACACAGGGCAGCGGCUGAAGGAAAGUCUUCUCCCUCGUUCCAGUCUCAUGGGACCACAGCCUCGGAGCGAAGGGAGACUUUCCAGACUGCGCGAAAAGCGGACUGUACGAUCUAAGAGACCUUAAAGGACGCCGCCUGCGGCUCACCCGCUGCUGCUUUGACACAGAGUACAGAGACCUAGCCCCCGGAGGCCCCGCGCCAUGUCCAUCACGAACACUCCCACCAGCAACGACGCCUGCCUGAGCAUCGUGCACAGCCUGAUGUGCCACCGGCAGGGCGGCGAGAGCGAGUCCUUCUCCAAGCGCGCCAUCGAGAGCCUGGUGAAGAAGCUGAAGGAGAAGAAGGACGAGCUGGACUCGCUCAUCACCGCCAUCACCACCAACGGGGCGCACCCCAGCAAGUGCGUCACCAUCCAGCGCACCCUGGACGGCCGCCUGCAGGUGGCCGGGCGGAAGGGCUUCCCCCACGUGAUCUACGCGCGGUUAUGGCGGUGGCCCGACCUGCACAAGAACGAGCUGAAGCACGUCAAGUACUGCCAGUUCGCCUUCGACCUGAAGUGCGACAGCGUCUGCGUGAACCCGUACCACUACGAGAGGGUGGUGUCUCCGGGAAUCGACCUGUCAGGACUGACUAUAAACAACUCCGUUCCCUACGGCCUGACGGUGAAAGACGAGUACGACUUCGAGGGCCCGUCCUCGCUGCCCAGCGUCGAGGGCCACGCCCCGACCAUCCAGCACCCCCCCUCCAGGACGGCGGCCCCGGAGCCCUUCAGCGGCCCCGCCCUGCUGCCCGCCGCGGAGGCCAGCGGCUCCGCCUCCUCGGCCUUCUCCAGCAUCGCCGUGGGAUCCGCGCCCCAGUCCAGUGGCCUGCUGUCGGGGGCUCCCAGUGGGGAGGGGCUGCUGCCAACGGCCUCAGGAGCAGGACAGGGCUCGCAGCAAAAUGGCUUCCCUGCUGGCCAGCCUGCCACCUACCACCACAGUGCAAACUCAACAUGGACGAGAAGCGGCAGUUUCACACCCAACAUCCCUCACCAUCAAAAUGGGCAUCUACAGCACCAUCCCCCGAUGCCUCACCCUGGACACUACUGGCCCGUACACAAUGAGAUUGCAUUCCAGCCCCCAAUAUCCAACCAUCCAGCGCCCGAUUACUGGUGCUCCAUCGCCUACUUCGAGAUGGACUUGCAGGUGGGCGAGACCUUCAAAGUGCCCUCCACCUGCCCCAUCGUGACCGUGGACGGAUACGUGGACCCCUCGGGCGGCGACCGCUUCUGCCUCGGCCAGCUGAGCAACGUGCACCGGACCGAGGCCAUCGAGAGAGCCAGGCUGCACAUCGGCAAGGGCGUCCAGCUGGAGUGCAAGGGGGAAGGGGACGUGUGGGUGCGUUGCCUUAGCGACCACGCAGUCUUCGUGCAGAGCUACUACCUGGACCGGGAGGCCGGGAGAGCGCCCGGCGACGCCGUGCACAAGAUCUACCCCAGCGCCUACAUCAAGGUGUUUGACCUGCACCAGUGCCACAGGCAGAUGCAGCAGCAGGCAGCCACGGCGCAGGCGGCGGCCGCAGCCCAAGCCGCCGCAGUCGCCGGGAACAUCCCCGGACCCGGCUCUGUGGGGGGCAUCGCUCCUGCUAUCAGCCUGUCGGCGGCGGCGGGCAUCGGCGUGGACGACCUGCGGCGGCUCUGCAUCCUGCGCAUGAGCUUCGUGAAGGGCUGGGGCCCCGACUACCCGCGGCAGAGCAUCAAGGAGACGCCCUGCUGGAUCGAGAUCCACCUGCACCGCGCCCUGCAGCUGCUGGACGAGGUGCUGCACACCAUGCCCAUCGCCGACCCGCAGCCCAUAGACUGAGCCCUCGCUCCCUCCCUCCCUCCUCCUAAUCCUCCUCCUCCUCAUGUUCUGCUCGCCAGGAAGGAGCGCGUCCUCUGUACCAGAUUCAGUAACGGGGACAAAAGACUGACACGUCACUGUUCUCUUCAUUUUCUUUUUUCUUUUCUGUUUUUUCUUGGUAGUUUUUGUUUUUUUUUCCCUCCUCAGUCCUUGUGGCAUGUGUCCCUUGUCAGCAGUGAGAUUAUUUUAGCUCUUAGUUGCAUUAUUACCCAUCGUAUAAUGAAGUGAGAAUCGAAGACGUCUGCUGUGUGACCCUGCAGUGAGUGUACCGGCCCGGUCAGCACAGCAGCGCACUUGAAUGGCGGUGAUUUCGACCCGUGAGGAUGUGGAGCAGAGAUCCAGCAGCAUGAUAUUGUGGCAUUUUACGUAAAUAUUCUCCCGAUUGCGGAUUCUGUUCUUUUUUCUUUUUUUUUUUUUAUCUCGGUGUUGUGUAUGGGUUUCUUUUUGGUUCUAACGGUGUACCAGGGGAAAACGGCAGGUGAUCCUGAAAUGCCAUUACUGCACACGGUCUAGUUCACUGUGACCUCCUGAAAAAGUGUUGUAGAAAAUAUGGCCAUAUGUGUGGGUAGUGUGUACUGCCCAGGCAUGCAAGCACUUGUGUCUCAUGCAAGGUUUGGUAUGUAAUUAAUCUUCUUUAGCUAAGGGGCUCUUAUUUGAGCCCACGACGCAUGGUGCAAACAUAUUCAUGUGGUAUAUUAACGCAAAAUUACACUAAAAAAAACUCCACAACUAUGUGCGUUAUCAGAUCUUUCAGUAUUUAGCGUGUCCAGCUUUUGCCCUUGUCACAGCUUCCAUUCUUUUCGGGAGACUUGGUUUGAGUGUUUUUUUUUUAAUUUUUAUAAAGAAAUCCACAGGGAUAAUUUUCUGUGCUCCUUGUAAACGCCUCCAAAAUUUGAUUUUAGAAGUCCGGUUGCAUUUUCUGCUUCUUGCGACUCAGUUUAUCCCAAACAAAUUCAGUGAUUCAGUUGAAGCCUGGACUCCUGGGUAACCUGUUAAUUCUUCUGAGUGCACCAGCACCUUAGCAGUUUGCUUGGGGUCGCUAUCCAGCCGUAGAAUGAAUUUGCUCCCUAUCAAACACGGUUUGGAGGAUAUUGCAUGAUAUGUUUGUAUUUUAUAGAUUUGUUUGUAUUUAUAAGCAUUUUCCUUCAGAUCUGAAGCAAGAGGGACAUCACUGACACUUUUGGUUACAACUUUUAUUUAGUUUUGGUAGUAGGGUGCACAAAAGACAGAGUGGACAAAUACCGAAAGAUUUUGUAUUGUAUGUAGUGGUGGAGGCUUUUCUGUUAUGUUUCCUGGAUUAUUGUCUGACAUGGAGGGACAAAAUUGCAAUGGACGGCUGAUUUGACUGGAAAUUAAAUUAACGAAAGGGUGGUCUCUGACAUUUGCUAUAUAUAUAUAUAUAUAUGAUUUUUUAAAACUACUUGUACAGUAGUUAUUUGACUGAUUAAUAUUAUGGCUUGGAUCAGUAAGAAGGGGAAUCUCUGGGAAAAGCAGAUCUGCUAGUGCUAAUGUACUCAUAUUGAUGGUUGAUAUUAAUAUGGCACAGAUGCAGCGAGCGGGCCCUAAGGAUUUACCACAGGAAUCCAGUUCUGUGUAGUUACAAAUCUCAUGCAAAAGUCAUGAACUGUGGUGCGAUGCAUUGAAAUACCCCUAGUCUUGGAAAUGGCCAAUGAUUUUGUAAUGUGAUCAUUAACGUACUCUACAAAAACUGGUGAGGUGCGUCAGGUCAGGUGGCACUGAACCGCGAUCCUCUGGCAGUCCCCUGGAACUGCGGAUGUGUGUCGAAAGCUGAACGGCAGGCUAAACCGCACAGCCCUGAGGAACUGCAGUGCUCUGUUCUAUCUCACUGCUGUCGCACGCAGUGUUACCCACUUGGGCAUGCUAUAUUAUGAUUUCCUUUUAUGCAUGGGAAAACUGGAAGUGAUUUUUUUAAGGUGGCCCUCUUAAUGCUGAAAAUAAUUAUUUUUGUUAACGUUUCAGAGGAGCACUCGAGCACGUUUUACUUUGGGCUCAUUUCCCGCAGCGUAGUUCUUCUGUUUGGGCAGCUGUGUCCUGUAUGCACCAUAAUCCGUACGUUUCGUCACCACCAGAGUCACUUUCUGUUGAUCGGUCAUUUUGAUCUUUACUUGCUGCUUUUGUACCACCUUUCCAGUUUGCGGUUGGAAUCGGCAGUUGUGCCUCUGAACUUUUGGAGCCAGCACUGCACUCUUAGAGAAGCAGAUUGAUGAAAAUUUUGCAAAAUAAAAAUUGUGCCAAGGAAUUCUCUAUAGCUAUGAAAUAUACAUUGUGUGAGGUCACUGAAAAGACGGCAGAAGCACAGGCAAAAUGAAUUGGUUUUAAAACUGCAGGAAUCUCGCUACAUAUUGGUAAGGUCCCAUGAAAUGGUUAUGAUUAGCAUUUUAUUUUUAUUUUUGAAAGUAGUCAUGUCCAUGUCUCUGUACAACGGUAUUACUGAAGUUAACCAAACCAGUUUUUCUUCCAGAAUUUUUUGACCCCGAAUAAAAUGUAUAUUAUUUUGUAUUUCAGUUAUGUAUGUGCCGGUCAAAUUUGUCAGGUCAUUUUAGAGAUGCACUCUGUGUGUUGGACAUUUCAUUGUGAAAUUUUCUGUAUUCUGUAAGGCUAAGAUAUGAGUGUAUUUUUUGAAAUUGGUAAUAUCAGCAUAUAGGCUUUCUAAAGUAUUAGAAGAUUAUUAAUAUAGUGGUUAACAACAUGACAUUGUUUGCAUCAUGCGUACCUUGAAAGUUACAAAUUCAUGAAGGGAUAAAGGUUUGCAACAAAACAAGUGAUCAUUUAUAAUAAUCAUUUAAAAUAAUUUAUAUGGUCAACUGCAGUAGUCAAGAUACAAAUGUGAGAUUUGUUUUUUGUGGUUGUUUUACAUGUUGAAAUGUACAUGGCAACUUUCAAGAAAAUCCUGAAGCGAGGUGGCCUUUUGAAAAGGGUUCGAUUUCAUCCUGGUGUCACAUGCUCCCAUGUGUACAAAAGACGUUGCAUUUUGUAACGCAGAGUGGUCUAUUUUAAACCGAGAAACCUGUAUUUUUUACUUUUUGCUUCUCACCUAGAGGUAUAUUCAGUUCAUUUAAUUGUGUGAUUAUUGUGCUUUCUGUAGAUAUAACAGACUAAACUUUUUUUGUUUGUUUUUUUUGUAAAUAUCCCUGUCAGUGGGGAAUUUUUUUUUUCUUCCUGUUAUUUUUUUUUAAAUUUUACAUUGCAUGUCCGUGUUUAUUAGAUCCUGAAGCAAAGGAUUGUGGUUAUUUCUGCGUAAUCUGACCCUAAACAUUGAUGGGUACAUUUUGCCUGAACCUGGCUAAGUUGCAGAGUUCAGAUCAGUAUUCGAGAGAGAAGUCUGGAUUCACGUUUUUCAGAUGCUGAUUUUAAAUGUACGUGCAUUUUAAUUUUAUCACUACAGAUGAGUAUGAGCGCCAUUCUCUUGGGAAGCCCACCACCGCUGGGGGUCUCGCAAUCUGCAUUAUGGUGUCCUGCCUCAACGCUGUGAUUCAGGAGCCUGUAUAUUACAUAUUAAAAAAAUCAUAAAUGAAAUGUUAAAAUAACAAA